GAAUAGACAAACAACCCAAUUUAUGGCGGCGUUGCCACCAGAAAGAACCCAAAUAGAUAAAGCUUUUACAAAUGUUGGAGUUGAUUUUGAAGGACCAUUUGACAUCAAAGCAUACAGUGGCAGAACUUGUAAAAUAACGAAAAGUUAGGUUUGUGUUUUUGUUUGUUUUGCAACAAAAGCCAUCCACUGGGAGCCAACAUCUGAUUUGUCUACUCAAGCCUUUAUGGCAGCCUUCGCUCGAUUUUUUUCGAGGCGGGGAUGCCCUGUCUUCAUUUACUCUGACAAUGGAACAAAUUUCAUAGGUGCUAGCAAGUUAUUGAAAAAGGAGCGACAGGAAUUUAUCAAACAGCUAAAAGGAUCUGUAACGUGUACUAGCAUUUUAUACCCCCAGGCGCACCACACAUGGGCGGUUUAUGGGAGGCAGUAGUUAAAGGCUAUAAAGCUCAUUUGAAGAAAAUAAAUACCCUAAAAUAUACAUUUGAAGAGCUAGCUACACUCCUUGCCAGAAUAGAAGUAUGCCUAAACUCGAGAUCCUUAAGCCCAUCAAGUGAAAAUCCACAGGAUCUCAACCCGUUAAAACCUGGACACUUUUAAAUUGGCUCACCCAUACUUACCCCUGCAGAACCCGACACAAGCAGUGAUAAUAUAACCCUGGCAAACAGAUGGCAAAAAUUAAAGAUAAAACAUUACAUCUUUAGUAAAAGAUGGAAAGAUGAAUAUCUUAAAGAGCUCCAUAAAAGAUAUAAGUGGAAAAACCCUACCCGAGAAGUUGAAAUAAAUGAUAUUGUAGUAAUUAGACAAGACAAUUUAGCACCCAAUGAAUGGUUACUUGGACGUGUGACCAAAACACACCCUGGUUAUGACGGUAGAAAUAGAGUAGUUGACUUAUAAACUUCAACAGGAACUCUAAAACGACCAAUUACUAAAAUUGUUGUUUUACCAGAAUGGCACCCAACAAUAAGCAUGGUUCAAAGUCCGGACGUUCUGGCCAUCGCAAUGAGCGCUCCCACAAGACAAACGUUUCUCGCAAAGGAAACCGAAAUCAUCAUCGCCAUACCGAGCCCACAAAACAUUUUGGUUGCGGCAUCUGUAAAGCUGACCACCGUUUGACAAACUGCCAUAAAUUCAACAAAAUGAAUUUGGCGCAGAAGUAUCAAACGGCAGUCAGCCUACAUUAUUGCGUGAAUUGUUUGGCGAGAAAUCAUUUAAUAGGCAGCUGCACCAGCAAGGCUCGUUGCCAACAAUGUGGUGGUAAACACCACUCCACCCUGUAUGGUCCAAAUAGGAUCUUAAAGAAUUUGACCCAAGACCAAUCCCCUCCACCAACUUCGGCACCAAGAACUCCACCCACACCAGCUCCACGACGAUCAUUAGACAUCGUGAAAGUUACCACACCGGUAACAACGUCGAUGAUGAAAACGUUUGUUCCUACAGCAGUUCUGCAGUUAGGAAGUCGGCGGGCAAGUGCAAUACUAAAUCCUAGCAGCCGUAAUAAUCCCAGAUUUUUAACCAAUUGUCUAGAGCGUAUGUCUAAUAAAGAAUUAGUUGGUGGUUCUAAUCCUAAUUGA